GGUGGGGGGGGACGUUUGAAACAGUUUUUUUUAUUUAUCCUGGACGAAAUUCGAAGAGCUUAUGAAUCUAUUUUUUAACAGAUGUCCAGUCGAGGUGGGUCAAAAAGUUACAACAAAUACCAAAACAACGGUUGGAGUGCAAAGUAUAGGAAAGAUCUCCACAUAACCUCCCAGGCACUGUCCAGCCAUGACCAUCGCCAGCGCCAACAACAGCAUCACGGGCCAUGGCAGCACGGGCAGCCUCUACAAUCCGACGAACGAGACGCGUGACUGCAUGCGUGCCGUCACGCGAGAGGACAUUCACGCGCACCUCCUCGACGGCAACGAGCGCGUGGUCAUCAACGUGGCCGGCAUGAAGUUCGAGACGUGCGCGCGGACGCUCGCCCAGUUCCCCGACACGCUGCUGGGCGACCCCGCGCGACGCGCCCAGCACUUCGACCCCCUGCGCAACGAGUACUUCUUCGACCGCAACCGGCCCAGCUUCGACGCCAUCCUCUACUACUACCAGUCGGGCGGGCGGCUGCGCAGGCCCGCCAACAUCCCCUUCGACCUGUUCUCCGAGGAGAUCCGCUUCUUCGAGCUGGGCGAGGAGACGAUCCAGCGCUUCCGCGAGGAUGAGGGCUACAUCCGCGAGGAGGAGAGGCCGCUGCCCGAGUCGGAGCUCAAGCGCCAGGUCUGGCUGCUCUUCGAGUACCCCGAGAGCUCGAGUGCGGCCCACCUCGUUGCGAUUCUCUCCGUUGUCGUCAUCUUGGUGUCAAUUUUCAUCUUCUGCAUGGAAACGCUGCCGCAGUUCCGAGACCAUGCUGAUCAAGAAGAGCAGUUCAAUGCCACCGAAAUUCCCUCAACCGCCAGUUUUGCCACGGAUCCAUUUUUUCUGGUGGAAACCCUUUGCAUCGUGUGGUUUUCCUUCGAGCUUGUGGCACGAUUCCUCUCGUGCCCUAGCAAAACUGCGUUCUUCCAAAACAUCAUGAACAGCAUCGACGUGGUGGCCAUCAUGCCGUACUUCAUCACGCUCGGAAUGGAGCUGGCCGAGCAGCAGGGCAACGGUCAGCAGACCAUGUCGCUCGCCAUCCUGCGCGUCAUCCGCCUGGUGCGCGUCUUCCGGAUCUUCAAGCUGUCGCGCCACUCCAAGGGCCUCCAGAUCCUGGGCCAGACGCUCAAGGCGAGCAUGCGCGAGCUGGGGCUGCUCAUCUUCUUCCUCUUCAUCGGCGUCAUCCUCUUCUCGAGCGCCGCCUACUUCGCCGAGGUGGACGAGCCCAAGACGUACUUCACGAGCAUCCCGCACGCGUUCUGGUGGGCCGUGGUCACCAUGACGACGGUUGGCUACGGCGACAAGGUGCCCGUGACGGUGGGCGGCAAGGCGGUGGGGUCGCUGUGCGCCAUCGCGGGCGUGCUCACCAUCGCGCUGCCCGUGCCCGUCAUCGUGUCCAACUUCAACUACUUCUACCACCGCGAGACCGACGUCGACGACUCACACUCUGGCAGGGCCCACUCUCCGGAGCACUCUGCUGCCAGGAUGUCAAUCGUCCAGUCGCUGAGGAGGAGCGCGCCGAGCACACCGGUCCACGCACCAGGCUCCAUGGGCAAGAGCGACAACACGCGCACACACACAUAUGUGGCCAACAGCUUUGAGCAUCAGUGCAAGCCCACCGAUGUGUGAAGGCCACGUGGCCAUUGGUUGGAAGUGUUCCACCCUUUUGUCUUAAAGUCAUGUAGCCUGUGUACUUUACAUGUUUUUCCAUGUUUUGUUUUUGGGUGGGGGUUAUUUACCUUUUUGAAAUACAUUGGCAGUAUUUUCAUAUAUUUUGUUUACUUUUCUACUCAUCUUUAUACAUACAUUGCUCUUUUCCCCGAAUGCUUAACACAUAUGUGAGAAUAUUUCCGACGUUUGUUUAUUUUUGGAAAUCUCGAAUGGUAUGCAAUUUGUAUGUGUUUAUAAUCUAUCGUCUCAGAUACCGAUAUGGCCUUGUUUGAAUUAGUUUCAAUUAUGAAAUGAUUACCGCACUAUGAAUUGCUUUGCAAGUCCUGUGUUUCUCGGCUUGCCCGAGAGAUUUUGUUGAUGCUCAUAAGCACUUUAACGCAAUGCAAUCACUUGAAAAGCUUGGAAUGAGUUAAUUGCCGGGUGAAAGCCACUUAACUUCAUCCUGUAACUUGCUGCCAUCUUGCUUUUUUUGCUGUAUACUUUAAAUCGUUUUGCGUUGGUAAAUUCUAAUAUAUAAGUGACUGGCGAGACGUUCGUAGUAAUGAUAUAUGCAUGCCGAAUAAUAAUUACAAGUAAGCAUUAAUAAUGUAAAACUGAUGUUCAUAUCUAAUCUCAUUAGAAAUGUAAAUUGUAUAAGUCAGUGGUUCCCAACCGUUCUGGACCCGCCGACCACAGCCAAUCAAGACAUCUUCGUUGACCGCCACGUGGGAAUAGCAUCCGCCAUAACAUUCAAAACAACCCUGUUCAUUAACAAGCAAUAAAAAAACAUUAACUUGCUAUUUAUUUAAUCAUCUAAAUAAUUGUGCAAUGGGCGGUCGGUAAAUUUUUGUAAAUAACAACAACCGUAGUACGGAUCUGUAACAGUUCCACUAGCCAGUGUACCCACGGCCUUGCAGAUGGACAGUGGACUACGGACCAGAGGCUGGGAACUGCUAGUCUGUGUUAAUGUAUCGAUUUAAAGCUUUCGUGACUGCAGGGAUUCAUCUUCUUGGUUCUUUCGGUGAAGUCACGUAGAAUGGAAAUAAGCUUAAAAGACGCUGCAAAUCUUA